AAUGAAAAAUAUGAGAAAAAAAAAAAAAAAGAGAAGACCACCGCCUUAUUUGCUUGUUGUCUAAUUCAAAAAUCAACCUAGAAGAUCCAGGAGAUUCUGAAUGAAAUCUGCCGGAUCUUGCUUUCCAAAUUGUCUAGAUUUCCUACAGGAUUCGUAUCCCUAUGCCGUCCCAUUUAAAACUCUCCUACCUUCUCUUCUCUCUUCAUGAUUUCUCCUCCUCUUUAAUUUCUCGGUGUUCAUCUUUCUUGCAAUUAUUAUCGGUAUGGCUGCUGAGUCUCAUCAGUUCCAUGUUCUUGCUGUUGAUGACAGUCUCAUUGACAGAAAGUUGAUUGAAAGGCUCCUUAAAACCUCUUCUUAUCAUGUUACUGCGGUUGAUUCAGGAAGUAAGGCCUUGGAGUUUUUGGGUUUGAAUGAAGAUGAACACACAGAUUCAAUCCUGACUUCUGUUUCUUCAGACCAUCAUCAUCAUCAUCAUCAUCAGGAUGUUGAAGUAAAUUUGAUCAUUACAGAUUACUGUAUGCCUGGGAUGACGGGCUAUGAUCUCCUUAGAAAGAUCAAGGAAUCUAAAACUUUUAAGGACAUACCAGUUGUGAUCAUGUCCUCAGAGAAUGUUCCAUCAAGAAUUGAUAGAUGCUUGGAAGAAGGAGCUGGAGAAUUCUUCCUGAAGCCAGUUCAAUUAUCAGAUAUGAACAAGCUUAGACCCCAUUUGAUGAGAGGAAAAGUUGAAGAAAAUAAGCCUAAUAACCAGACAAAGGGUGACAUGGAAGAAAUUCACUCACCACGGGGAACAAGAACAAGAUAUAAUGGCUUGGAAGUUGUCUGAUUAACAAAAUAUUUGCUUAAUUAUAGAGCAUAGUAUAGGAAAUUCCUAAAAAAUUUCCCCCCCUUCUUUUAAAAUCUCUUUGAAAACACAGGCUCAAUGCAAAUUUAGAUGAAUGUUGGAGCUUAAAUUAGGUUCCCCUGUAAAUUACUAACAAGGAAAAUAUUCAUUUACAUUUAGUUA